AUGCUAUUCAGAGGAACAAGAUAUGCUAAGAGUUACUUUCAUGGUGCCUCAAAUAUUCCGUUAACUUAUAAGACUGUAGGAUAACAGCUACAUGAUAUAAGUGAGAAAUAUCCUGACAAUUUAGCAGUGGUUUCCUAAUUGCAAGACAUCCAGUUGACUUAUGGUGAAUUCUUCAAGAGAUCAAAAGAGUUGGCUGCUGCCUUUGUUGCUUUAGGACUCGAGAAGGGCGAUCGUAUAGGAAUCUUUUCGCCCAAUAAUGUGGAAUGGGCUUUAACCUAAUUCGCAGCAGCUAUGGCUGAUUUGAUAUUAGUGAAUAUUAAUCCAGCCUAUUAAACUAAUGAAUUAGAAUAUACGUUGAAUAAGGUUGGAUGUAAAGCCUUGGUGUUGAGAUCUACAUUCAAACACUCAAAUUACGUUUCUAUGAUCAAAGAAUUAGCACCAGAAUUGGAUUAACCAGGCAAUCUAAAUUCAAACAGAAUUCCAGCAUUGAGAAGUCUGAUUUUGAUUGACGAUGUUCAUAAAAAGGGGUUUUUUAAUUUUAAAGAACUCUUUUCUAUUUUUGGAACUUCCCAUUUGAAUGAAGUUGAUUCAAGAAUGUCUCAAUAAGAUCCAGAUGAUAUUACCAAUAUUUAAUUUACAUCUGGGACAACAGGAGCCCCAAAAGGAGCUUGUUUAAGUCACUUAAAUAUUUUGAAUAACGGUAAAUAUGUGGGGGAAAGAGUACGUUAUACAGAGAAGGAUAAGGUAGUUAUAGCAGUGCCAUUAUAUCAUUGCUUUGGAAUGGUGAUGGGUAAUUUGGCAUGUAUCAAUUAUGGAUCCACUAUGGUCUACCCAAGUGAUGGCUUUAGUGCAGGAGCUACUUUAGAAGCAGUAACAAAUUAUAAAUGUACUUCUCUCUAUGGAGUUCCAACAAUGUUUAUCGAGUAUCUUAAUGAAUAUGAGAGACAUACAUAAAAAUAUGAUGUAUCAUCUUUAAGAACUGGUUUAAUAGCUGGAUCUUUGGCAUCCGAAGCUUUGAUGAAAUAAAUUAUCAAUGUUUUAGGAGUUAGGGAUAUCUCAAAUUGUUAUGGAUAAACUGAAACUAGUCCAAUUACAUCUUAGAAUAAAACCACAGAUUCCUUUGAGAUAAAAACUAGUAAAGUUGGAUAACCAUUGAAUAUGGAGGUGAAAAUCAUUGAUUCAGAUGGAAUGGUUGUACCUUAUGAUACACCUGGAGAAUAUUGUUCAAGAGGAUAUGGAAUUAUGAAAGGAUACUGGGGAGAUGAAAAGGCUACUAAAAAUACUAUAGAUGUAAAUGGAUUUCUACAUAGUGGUGACGUGGCUACAAUGGAUAAAAAUGGUUAUGUGGCAAUUGUUGGGAGAAUCAAAGAUAUGAUUAUAAGAGGUGGCGAGAAUAUCUAUCCUAAAGAGAUUGAAGAUUACUUAUCUCAUAUGAAAGGAGUUGAAUAGGUUCAAGUAGUGGGUUGUUUUGAUGAAAAAUAUGGAGAGGAGGUUGUUGCAUUGAUUAAAAUGAAAAAGGAUGCUGAAGAAUUGACUGGGUUGGAUGUUUAUUAGUUUUGUCAUAAAAAAAUUGCUCAUUAUAAAGUUCCCAAAUAUGUUAAGUUUGUCAAUGAUUUCCCAUAUACUAUAACAGGCAAACCAUAAAAGUUUAAAAUGAGAGAUGAAAUAAACAAAGAACUUUAAGAUCCAAAACUUAAGGAGUUGUAUCAAAUAAGAUGA